GAGUAUCUGCCAAGCACGAGCUGCUGUAAUGGUCUACGAUGAUGCCAAUAAGAAAUGGGUACCAGCUGGUGGAUCAACUGGAUUCAGCAGAGUUCAUAUAUAUCAUCACACAGGCAACAACACAUUCAGAGUAGUGGGCAGGAAGAUUCAGGAUCAUCAGGUGGUAAUAAAUUGUGCCAUUCCAAAAGGGCUGAAGUACAAUCAGGCUACACAGACCUUCCACCAGUGGCGUGACGCUAGGCAGGUGUAUGGUCUCAAUUUUGGCAGCAAAGAGGAUGCCAAUGUCUUCGCAAGUGCCAUGAUGCAUGCCUUAGAAGUAUUAAAUUCACAGGAAGCUGUGUUCUAUUUAGGUCCUACAUUGCCUCGACAGAAUUCACAGCUUCCCUCUCAAGUACAGAAUGGUCCAUCACAAGAAGAAUUGGAAAUCCAGAGAAGACAGUUGCAAGAGCAGCAGAGGCAGAAGGAGCUGGAACGGGAGAGGCUGGAUCGUGAACGAAUGGAACGGGAGAGGCUGGAGAGAGAGAGGCUAGAAAGGGAAAGACUUGAAAGAGAGCGCCUAGAACAGGAGCAACUGGAGAGAGAACGGCAAGAAAGGGAACGGCAAGAACGCCUAGAAAGGGAGAGACAAGAGAAGGAGAGGCAGGAUCGGGAAAGACUUGAACGACUUGAACGGGAAAGGCAAGAAAGAGAACGGCAAGAACAGUUGGAAAGGGAACAAUUGGAAUGGGAAAGAGAGAGAAGAAUUUCAAAUGCUGCUCCAUCUUUCGACAACUCCCCGUAUAGCACUCCACUUCCUGAAUACUCCAGUUGCCAGCCUCCUUCAGCACCUCCUCCAUCAUAUGCAAAAGCAGUCUCAGCACCAAUGUCGGAGGCCACACCGGAGUACGCUGUAGUGACUUCUGCACCACCGACUUCCACUCCCCCUCCCCCUCCCCCGCCUCUAAGGCACUCUGCAUCACGUUUUGCUACAUCUUUAGGCUCAGCUUUCCACCCCGUUCUCCCCCAUUAUGCUACGGUUCCUCGUCCGCUGAACAAAAGUUCUCGGCCCCCUUCUCCUGUCAAUGCUCCGGCGACUUUGCCUCCAAAUACAAAGCCUGUUGCCUGGUCUGCGCCCAGUUUUGCCCCCCUUCCCCCAUCUCCUCCAGUAAUGAUAAGCAGUCCACCAGGCAAAGCUACUGGUCCGAGACCCGUCCUCCCAGUGUCGGCUUCUAAUCCAGCGACCCAAAUGUCCACGUCUCCCACAGCUCCUAACGGGCUUCCUGAAAACAUGGCUUAUCCGGUUCCUUCACCUUCUACCUCAGGUCCAACUCCGCCUCCGCCACCUCCUCCCCCGCCACUGCCUUCCUUUCCGCCUCUGUCACUCUCUGGACCUCAAGCUUCUCCUUCUCCCAACUCCCCGAAUGCCUCGACUCCCUCAUCCAAGCCUAGUGUUCUCCCUUCUCCCUCUGCAGCUACCCCUGCCUCUGUUGAGAACUCUCUAAACUCUGUGCUGGGAGACUCCUCUGCUUCUGAGCCAGUCUUGCAGGCAGCCUCUCAGCCGGUUGAACCUACGACCCAGCAGGGUGUUGUCCAAGGACCACCUGCACCUCCUCCCCCACCCCCUCUACCCCCUGGCCCAGCUCAGUCUUCAGUAGCAGCCCCACCUCCGCCUGGCCCACCACCACCACCUCCACUUCCACCUUCAGGGCCUCCGCCGCCGCCACCACCACCUCCUCCACUUCCUAGCCAAGCCCCUCCUGUUCCCCUUCCACCUCCUGCUCCCCCGCUCCCUGCCUCUGGAUUUUCAGUGGGAUUCGUGUCCGAAGAAAAUCGCCCUUUAACUGGACUAGCAGCUGCACUUGCUGGAGCCAAGCUUAGGAAAGUCUCACGGGGUGAAGACUCCUCCAGUUCAAGUGGAGGAGGAGGAGGCAGCUCUGCUUCAUCUAAAACAGACAGUGGCCGUGGAAAUGGACCCCUUCCCCUGGGAGGCAGCGGGUUGAUGGAAGAGAUGAGUGCCCUGCUGGCCAGGAGGAGAAGAAUUGCUGAAAAGGGAUCAACAGAACCAGAACAGAAAGAAGAUAAAACUGAAGAAUCAGAGUCUUCAACUUCUAAGGUUUCUUCAACGAGCACACCUGAACUAACAAGAAAGCCUUGGGAAAGAACGAAUACAGUGAAUGGAAGCAAGUCACCUGUUAUCUCCAGACCAAAAUCUACACCGACGGGGCAACCCAGUGCCAACGGAGUACAGUCGGAAGGUCUAGAUUAUGACAGAUUGAAGCAGGACAUUUUAGAUGAAAUGAGGAAGGAGUUAACGAAAUUAAAGGAAGAACUCAUUGAUGCUAUCAGGCAGGAACUCAGCAAGUCGAAUACUGCAUAGAAAGACUAGGACUAAGCCGAUGUGACUCUUUAACUUGGUAUAAAACUGACUACGUUUUGUGAGCUGUUAGAAGAAAACGGAGACAGACAGACACUUGGAAGGAGGGAGAAACAACCUAUUGUGAAAAGCUUCAGACGCAUCACUCUGGUGAUAUGCUAUUCCCCUCCUAGUUUGCAGCUUUUUUCUGACCUUUCCAGCAGGGUGGAAAAGACUCUUAAAGUUACUGUAAUGAUUAUGCAGAAAUUCCUACACCUGUCAGACAAGAUCGCAGUGCUUUGAAGUCUACUCAUGUCAAGAUAAAAUUGCACAUGUUUCAGACUUUGUUGUUAAGACAAAAAAAAAAAAAACAACCACAGGGAAAAGCUUGGGAAGGCUUUUCAGAGAGGUUUUCUUUGUUAAUGAAGGAGUUAGCAAGUUAUACUGUUGUACUUCAAAUGUAUCUCAGGUUUGUCUUCCUAUCAUAUCUGAUAUUUCCAUGAAUAAUUUAAAAGAUCAGAUGUGUGUAAGUUCAGUUCACAAAACACGGAGCGAUUAGAAACGCGCGCUUUUAAAGGGCAAUAUCUGUAAGUGAAUGACCUAGAUGGUGACGACAUAUCAAGAUUUUGGAAUUUUAUGAUAGGAAGCCUCUCUAGUUAGCCUUCAUGCAAUUUUAUAGGAAAAUUUAAAAAAGCAAAUACAGUCCAGAGUUUAAAGAUGUAGAUGCCUUCCUACAUUGUUACGAUGCUUUACCAAAUCUAAGACUUCUACAUAAUACGAAUCAGCAGUCAAAUGUAAAUCAUUAGUAUGUUGUAGAUUUACAGUAGAUUUUGGGGCUUUUUUUAGAUUUAUGCAUGUGGACAUUUUUGUAAUGUAACACAACACAGCCAGCUUUUUAAUUAAAAGAAAAAUUGCAUGUCA